GGGAGAGCAGCAGCUGCCACGUACCUCGUUGGCUUUGUGAUCCUGGUCAUCUGUUUCGCUCUCGCAGUCAUCGCGUUCUCGAUCGAGAUACUCCGCUUCAACUUUGUGCGAGGAAUUGGAGGCCUGCUCUUUGUUGUUGCUGCAUUCCAGAUCAUAGGCUUGGUCAUCUACCCAGUGAAAUUCGUGGAAGACAUUCCACUGACGGGAGAUAAUAUGUUCAGCUGGGCCUAUGGCUUUGGUUGGGCCAGCACUGUUGUUGUAAUAGGUUGUGCUUUCUUCUUCUGCUGCCUCCCCAACUGGGAAGACGAAGUCCUGGGAAACAUCAAGCCUACCUAUUACUACUCUUCCCCAGAGAGAGCACCAUACUUAAAUUGAAAGAUUAAAUCCAAGUACAAUCAACUGUCAAAACAACAGAGGAGUACCUCUGCUGUAAAUUUGGUGCGAUUAUAGGAGACUGAAAGAAACCACCGUAUUUUUCUGGAGUAUUUCUUACUAGCCCUGGCAAUAAAUAAGUAAAAACAUUAGCAUCUUUAAGC